UAGAGCAUCUGUGGGUGCCAGGCACCGCUCUAGGCAUUGGAGAUGCUGCUGGGCACAGUGACGCAGCUCCUGGUCUCAGGCACAGACACCCUGGUUAGGGAGAAUGCGAUCGAUAACAAUCAUAGUUAAUAAUAGAAGAGCAUGAGGAUGCAGAAGAAGUGCCAUCUUCAUGACUAGCUGCAUUAACACCUCCCACAGCAGGCAGGAACCUGUUUUUGCCCCCAGCACCUACAGCAGGGCCUGCCCCAGAAAGGACUCAGUUUACCUCUGUUGAGAGGAGGAAAUCGGCAGCCAUGAAGAGGGGAGGGGAAGGGGUAGAAGGACCAGGCUGGGCGUGGAAGAGAGGAGGGUCUGGGAGAAGAAUGGUUUGGGGCUUGCCUGAGCAAGCGGCCCAGGACCUGGGGCUGCCAUGGGGCCAUCUCUGCCCACCUGCCCAGGUGCUGGACCUCAGCCACAACGAGCUGUCUUUUGUACCCCCCGACCUGCCCGAGACCCUGGAGGAGCUGCGCCUGCAGAGCAACCGCAUCAGCCACGUGGGCCCCGAAGCCUUCCUCAGCACGCCCAGCCUGCGAGCCCUCUUCCUCAGGGCCAACAGGCUUCACAUGACCAGCAUUGCACCCGAAGCCUUCUUGGGCCUCCCACACCUGCGUGUGGUGGACACGACGGAUAACCUUGAGCAGGUCCUGGUCCAGCUGCCACCCACAGCUCCACGUCAGCCUCGGGCUUGGGGUCCUUGAGCCAGAGGGAUCUGGAAGAGUGAUCCAGAGCCUUGGGGCUCUGCUGGGCUAUGGACUAAGGAGAUAGCACCCACCUGGGGUCUCAACCUAGCUCUCCCAGGCCUCGAGGGCUAAGCCUAUCCAACCUGUGCUGGCCGGGAAGCUGGGGCACCGCCUCUGCAUGCAGAGAGGGACUGAGGCAUGCAGCUCACACACCAGGUGCAUAGACCACACUGGCCCUGCCAGCCACGUUCCCACUCCCUGCACAGAUGGUGACAGCAACAAUAAAGCCAAAUCUUUUCAAGUGCUCAUCACUGACCAGGUGCCCUUCACCUUGUAGAACUGCAGGGGUUCUCACAAUCCCUGUGUCCAGCGGGGGAAACUGGGGCUCUAGAAUGCUAAGUGGGUCAGGCGAUUUGGUCCAGAUCCCAAAGCUAGUGAGCAGUAGGGCUAGAUUUCAGGGCCUUAGAUUUGCACACAUGCAAGUCACCAAGCACCUCCAGGUACAGCCCGAUCACAUGUCUAAACCCAGAUACGCCCAGAGCCACUGGCUGAAGAAAUGCAUAGUACAGCAGGUGCCGUCAGGCAGCAUGGACCCAUGACAGAUGCACGGGCCUUCACAUGAGAGUCGAA